AUGACUCCCUCUGCGAAUACCUACGGAACCAGCCCUGCCUCCGAGGCGGCGGCGGCCGAGCACAAGAACGAGCAGUCCGUGGACCUGACCGGCCAGGCCUUGGAGCACAAGCUGGCAGAGAUCGCCAAGUCGAAGAACGGCUCCGCAAAAGCUGAGCUCGACGCCUCCAAGCUCACCUACGAAUUCACCACCAGCCCCCGCCCGGUGCCCGCCAGCAUCGAGGCCGCCUGCUCCGGCACCGAGACGAUCUGCACCGACCACAUGGUGACGGUCGAAUGGAACGUCGAGACCGGCUGGGCCGCGCCCCGACUGCGGCCCUACGGCCCGCUGUCGCUCAUGCCCACGGCGUCCGUGCUGCACUACGCCACGGAGUGCUUCGAGGGCCUCAAAGCGUACCGCGGCGUCGACGACAAGCUGCGCCUGUUCCGCCCGGACUGCAACGCCCGGCGCAUGCUGACGUCGGCGGUGCGCAUCUCGCUGCCCGCGUUCGACCCGGUCGAGUUUGAGAAGCUGAUUGUGGCCCUCAUGGCCGUCGACGGGCCCAAGUGGCUGCCGCGCGGCGGCGGCCCGGACGAGUAUCUGUACCUGCGGCCGACCAUGAUCGGCACGCAGCCCCAGCUGGGCGUGCAGCCGCCGCGGGCCGCCCUGCUGUUCAUCACGGCGACCUAUCUGCCGCGGCUCAACGCCGUCGCCGGCGGCCUGCGCCUGCACACGAGCCCCGAGGACAUGGUGCGCGCGUGGGUCGGCGGCUUCGGGUACGCCAAGGUCGGCGCCAACUACGGCCCCAGCCUGCAGGCGACCAUGGAGGCGCGCGCGCGCGGGUUCCACCAGGUCCUGUGGCUGUACGGGCCCGAGGGCUACUGCACCGAGGCCGGCGCCAGCAACUUCUUUGUCGUCCUCCGGUCGCCCGCAGGCACCACCCAGCUGGUGACGGCGCCGCUCGACGACCGCCUGAUCCUCGACGGCGUGACGCGCCGCAGCAUCGUGCAGCUGGCGCGCGAGCGGCUGGCCGGCGAGGUCGAGGUGGUGGAGCGGCGCUACACGAUUGCCGAGCUGCAGACGGCCCAGAAGGAGGGCCGCCUCGUGGAGGCGUUUGCCGCGGGCACGGCGUACUUUGUGGCGCCCGUGUCGAUGGUGCACCACCGCGGCGAGGACAUUCCCGUCCCCAUGGCGUCGUCCACAGGCGGAAAGUACACGCUGCAGAUCAAGUCGUGGAUCAGCGACAUCAUGUUCGGCCGCGAGGCGCACGAGUGGGGUCUGGUCGUGAAGGAGAGAGAGUAG